CUACCCUGAGCUCGGUGUGAGUCUGUGCGCGCGCGACCUGAGGAUUGGUGGAUGAUGCCACGUGAGCUGGAACAGUCAGACCGUUCAGACCGUCACCUCUGCGCGUUCAACACUCCGCCGCUGCCGCCGCCGCCGCCGCCACCGCUCUCCUCCGGUCCUCAUCCACAGACCAGCCACCACAUCUCCGGGGGACGCACGCGCUCAUCUCCGCGGUAAAAACAGACAGAAAUCCCUCUCUGUUUCUCCACCUGCCCGGACCGAACAGCCCUCAUCAUGUCUAAAGGCACAGUGGUUCUGGCCUACAGCGGCGGACUGGACACGUCCUGCAUUCUGGUUUGGCUGAAGGAGCAGGGCUACGAUGUCAUCACCUACUUGGCCAACAUCGGGCAAAGUGAGGAUUUUGAAGCUGCGCAGAAAAAGGCAGAAAUCCUCGGAGCAAAGAAGGUUUUCAUUGAGGACCUGCGUGCACAGUUUGUGGAGGAGUAUAUCUGGCCUGCAGUUCAGGCCAACGCUGUGUAUGAGGACCGCUACCUGCUGGGCACAGCGAUAGCUCGGCCCUGCAUCGCCCGCCGCCAGGUUGAAAUUGCACGCAGCGAGGGCGCCCAGUAUGUCUCCCAUGGUGCUACAGGAAAGGUAAAACAUGGCAUCUCUGUGCCCGUGACUCCCCGCGCACCCUGGAGCAUGGACGCCAACUUCAUGCAUAUAAGCUACGAGUCUGGCAUCCUCGAGGAUCCUAAGAAUCACGCUCCGGACGACCUGUACCUGAUGACCAAGAACCCACAAGAUUCACCCCACAGCCCCGAUCGACUGGAGAUAGAGUUCAGAAAAGGAGUUCCUGUCAAGGUGACCAAUCUGAAUGACGGCUCAUUCAAGGACAUACCCCUGGACAUCUUCUCACUCCUGAAUGAGAUUGGAGGCAUACAUGGUGUGGGUAGGAUUGACAUUGUCGAGAACCGUUUCAUUGGAAUGAAGUCCAGAGGGAUUUAUGAAACCCCCGGAGGCACCAUCCUGUUACAGGCUCAUUUGGACAUCGAGACCUUUACCAUGGACAAAGAGGUCCGACGGAUCAAGCAGGGACUGAGUAUCAAGUUCUCUGAACUCGUCUACAAUGGUUUCUGGUACAGUCCAGAGUGUGAGUUUGUGCGACACUGCUUAGCCAAGUCCCAGGAGAACGUGGAGGGAAAAGUACAGCUGUCCGUCUUCAAGGGUCAGGUCUAUAUCCUGGGACGAGAGUCACCCAAGUCCCUUUACAACGAAGAGUUGGUCAGCAUGGAUGUGCAAGGAGACUACGACCCAUGUGACGCCUCUGGAUUCAUCCGGAUUAACGCUGUCAGGUUAAGGGAGCACCAUCGUUUGCAGGGUUUCUCCAGCACCAAGCAGUAACUGCUGCAACCCGGAUUUUCCUUUACACCUUCCUCUUUCUGCUGUGUCAUAAGAAGUUGUAGCUUAGGACUCCAUUGUUCACCCUCCACCUUCAUUUUUAUUGUUAGUUGUAUUAGCAUUAGCACACCAGACACAAACAUUAGAGUCUAACCAAUGUUGAUUUUUUUGGAGCCAAUGCCAAUACCGAUAUAAGUGAGUAAAAAUCCAAAUACAAUUAUAUAUUGGUUUCCUGGGUGGAAAGGUGUGAAAAAAGAAAAUGUGAGUUGAAGUAGAAUAUUUCCUGAAUUUGUCUGGUUCUUGGAAGUUUAAACAUUUACAAAUGAUUUGUUGUAGAAAUAAAAUAGUAAAUUGGG